AUGAAAUAUAUUGGAAGAUGUACGAAAUUCUGCCCUUUAGAAGAAGAAAAAAGUAGAAUAUAUCUUAAAAGGUUAAGUAUAUUUGAACAAAAGGAUAAUUUUCCAGGAGAAAUGAUCUUUAUAGUUAAGGAAUAUAUCAGAUUAUCUACAUCAACAAUUAAUCUAAAUAAUAUUAGAGAUAUUGACACUCUAAAGUCUGUCUCUAAUUAUCUACUUAUUCAAUUAUUUCCCAAAGUUAUAAUUAAAGGUUCUAAUGAAAUGAAAUCUCAAAUAUUUGAAUUUAUAAAUAAUCGAUUAAGAGCAAUUCGUCAAGAUGCCACAGUUCAACAUUGUAUUUCUAUAGAAUUUCUUAAAAUCCUUGUACAAUCUAUAAGAUUUCAUCUUUUAACUGAAUAUCUUGCUUGCAAUAAAAUAAUAUAUUUAUCAAGCUUCAAUUGGAAUCGUUUCCUUUUGGGACUAUGCUUAAUGCAAGCAUUACAAAUAUAUUUAAAAGUUAAUAAAUAUACUUGUUAUAAACAAAAUCCUCAAUUAUAUGAACUUUCGUCUGAAAUUAUAUCUUAUGUUGUAUUAAUUUCACUAAGUAAUCGUCAAAAACCUUUAAAUAUAUUGGAUUAUUUAUAUUUUUAUGUGAAACAUGAAUUAAUAUCUCAUCCAAUUUGUAAUAUUACUCUAAAUAUUGCUAAAGAAGUUUUAGAUGGUAAUAUUACACGUGUCUUACAUCUUAUCACUAAACUUCCUUUUUUUGGAAAGUGUGCUAUUAUUUCUUCAAUAACAUAUCUUCGAAAUUUAUAUUUAGAUACAUUUACUACAGCUAAUAGUAAUGGGAAAGGGCUUAAAGUUACAUUAUCAUCUUUAAAAACUCUUCUUUCUUUUCAAAAUGAAGAUGCAUUAAUAGAAUAUAUCAAACCAACAGGUCUAAUUAUUUCAGAAGAUUUAAUUAAAAUAUAUAGAAAUCAAAAAUAUAUCUUUGUAAAUAAUAUUGAAAUGAUUCCUGAUAUCAAAUUUCUUUUUUCUAAAUCAAAUUUCCUAACUACAGAACAAGAUAUAGCUUAUCUAUUUAAAAUCUAA